GCCAUUUUCCUAGAUUAAUAGGUCCGGUGUAAAUAGUUAGGACUAUUCUGAUUGGCUGAUAAACUACUUCAAAGGAACACGCACCUCACUCAUUCAGAGUUGGAUCAAAAUACGAGUAAGAACUUAUACUACGCUAGCCUCGCUAGGUCUACUGCAGUGAUAGACAAUAACUUCAAUUUAGUCGACUACAUGUUGUUAUACCUUCUUACUGUUAUAUAUGUUUUCAACAUUAUCCAAGAGAUAGCACAUAGUUUAUUGAAGUUUUCUAAAGUAUCAAAACUCAAAACACAGGGGAGAUAACUCUCCCAGAUUGACUGUAAAAUAUAUAUAGGCCUACAACUGUAUAUUAUGUGUAUUGGCAAAGAGGCUGCUUACUUUAAUUAUGGCAUAUAUAUACUACCAUUAUGUGUACCACUUAAGAGCUCUCCAUUGUAUCCACUGAGUGUACACAUGUAGGCCUACCAUUUUUGUUUUGUGUUUAUAUUGCUCCAUAAUAUGUACAGUAGAAAACUACUGUAUAUAUAACAAAUUAAGACCCUUUGAAAAAAAAUCUUUACUGUAGAUUUAUAUGUCUCUGAUUUAAUGUACAUAAUUAUAAAUGUUAACAGAGCCUUUCAAAUAGACCUGAAUACAUAGUUAUUAACACCCUACUAGGGCUUUUCUCUAUAUUUAACUGACCAUCUUCAUUUGAUAUCGACUGACUGUCGAUCCAAAUAGCAUUUCAACAGAAUUACAUACAUUACAUACAGUAAUUGUCUUACUGGGUAAUCAAUCUGCGAUAAAUACAGUUAUUUGGGACCACUUUUCAUGCUAAAGCUUAUAUGUAAUAUUAUUAUGUUAUACAUAUGAUUACAUAUAAUAUUGAUAUAUUAUAUAUAUUUGAUCAAUGAAAGUAAUCUGUGUUUAGAUGAAUAUUACAAAUAACUUAUAAGUAAGAGUGCAAGUGUACGGAAUAAUGAUGUCAAAUAUGUACUCUAAUUUCUCCUUUCAUAGUCAAAAGAUUGAGACUCGAGAUGCUGAACCAUAUAUCGGAGAAGGAAAGCCAAAAACAGUAGACAAGAUAAAAUGAGUAAUAUGAUGAGUGAGAGGGCAGUGGCCUCGCGCCUUCUCCAAUACCAUAUGGACCUUACCCGUGUCAAGGAAGACUCAAGCAUACAACUUGCCUCAUUAACCGUCAUUCUAGAAUUUUUGAAAAAUGACCAAAAUGGCAACAUUAGACAAAUGUUUAUGGACAGAGGACUUCUAGAGUCUCUUUUGGUGACUAUAGAUUCAGCUUUAGACAACAAGUCAGAAUUGGCCUCGCUUGAUGUAGCUUUGAAAUGUCUUUGGUUUCUGUCACAACUUUCAAUUGGACCCCUGCAAAAUAUGAUAUCACACGAUGUCAUGAGACGCCUGUUGUAUUUGUUGAAUGUUAAAAGUAACAUUUAUCAUUUUACAUCAAAAUUUUCAAACAAUUUCCAACAGCUUUGUGAAAAUAAACACUUGAUUGGGAAAAUACAGACCAUGCAGAUGUCUUCAGAAAUACAUUACACAGUACACAAACUUUCAAAUCAUCAGCUGAAAUAUUUAGACAGGUUACCAGAUAAUGUGAAAAUUUGUUCAUUAUUUGACACAAGUGAUUCUGAAAAGGAUGUUAAUAUCGCUGAUCACCUCCUGGGAAACUUCAAUCAACAUUCCUGGCCAAACAAGCAUGAGAUCCAAGAUCAAACUGGGGAAAUAGAAGAAUGGGAAGAUGUUUUUGUGUCUGAGAUUAUUGAUGGUCCAUUGUUUUGGGCACACAUAGGCAUGUCCAACAUUGAAACAGUUCGUGACAUACAGAUGGCAUUAGAAGCUGAAGAUCUUCAGCCUACUUAUAAAUGUACUGCAGGUGACAUUGUAGUUGUCAGGAAGAUACUAGAUUCUGGCCGGUCUUUUUGCAUGCGGGCAAGGGUUAUUAAUGUUGAUCAAUGGAAGGUCAAAGUUUGGGCCCUGGACUAUGGGUAUGAGAUGGAUCUACCCUGCUCUCAAAUAUACGCCAUGCCAGACCACAUUGGUACAAACAAACACCCUCCACAGAUAUCCUUGUGUAAACUGGCAGGAGUAGAGCCUCCACCACGUCACAAGGUCAUCCCGCAGCUAGCGGCCUCCAUCCUCUCAAACAUCUGUCAGAAAAGUAUUCCUGCAUGUGAGAUUUUGGCUGAGCAGGGUGGUCUAGAAAUCCUUGAGACAUUUCUACAUGUUUGUCCUGAGCCAGAAACUAUCAUAUAUGUUCUAAGAGUGAUUACCAACAUAGCUUUCCAUAGCAAGAUGUCAUCUAGUGUUUCCAAUAACAACCUCACAGAGUGUAUUCUGGACUGCAUCGCAGAGUUUUCAACCUCUCCGUCCGACUCCCAGAAUGUCCUACUGGUGACAGGCCUGAACUGUCUGUGUAACAUUCUCUUUAGGAAUGAUAUAACUAGAGACAAAUUUUACCACUAUAAAGGUAUUAACACAAUAAUGAAAGUUCUACAACAUGCCAGCAUCAAAGAUGAGAUUUACCAGGCUGGCACACAUCUUCUUCGUAUCUUUGUCCGCAAGAUAGACACAGAACCAUCAACAACGCUCCAGCGGAGACGUUCCUUAAACAGGCAGCGUAGAAGUAGCACAGGAAGAUCUUCAAGUAAAGACAGGAAACAUUGUGACUCAAUACUGAAGAAAUGUCCAAGUGAGUUUGCCAGGCUUGUGCAGGCACAUGACAUCGGAGCAGAAAAAUCAAGAACCACAACAUUUCAGCCAAGACUGUACGAGACAGCCUGGUCGGAUGAUUCUGAUGACAAUGAUGCUUCUCGCCUUGUCACACGAAUACAAGAUAACACAGAAGACAUCUCCAGGCCUGUAACAACUUGUGAUGCCACUCAUUACUAUGGACAAACAACGGACAAAUCUUUCAUUUUAGGUUCUGAGGUGGAGUUUGAGAAUGAUACAACACAUGAGCUAAGGCCCAAUAAAUCCAUCUUGAAGGUGUCUUCUGCUGUUAUAACCAAGCAUGUAUGCAGCCUCCUCAACAGUGGAAAAGGAGGUAGAAUAUACUUUGGUAUCCGCAGUACCAUCCAUGGUGUGGAAUUGGAUCGAGAUGACCGUGACAUGUUUCGCAUUGGUGUAGACCAGAUGAUGACUGACAAAAUUACACCGUGUGUUCUGCACUCCAUGUUUGAUGUUAUUUAUACACCUGUGGUGGAACUUGACGAGCACACAGACACCCUUGUAUUCAUCAAAGAUCGCUUUGUUGCAGAGAUUGUCGUUAAACCUGUGGCCAAUAGCAUCAUGUAUACAUUGACAAGUGGGGAAUGUUUCUACAGAUUUGGACCUCACACAUCCCAGCUGACUGCUCUGGAGAUGAGACAGCUCAUUAUAUUGGAAGAAGAGGAACUUUUUAUGGAGGAAUUCAAACAACUUUCCAUGGAAUUGGAAAAGCUGAACUCUUAGUUAUCUGGACAACUUCUCCUGUGUUCAUCAAUUUGUACAAUGUGUAUCUCACCACUUCAACAUCAAUUUGUACAAUGUGUAUCUCACCACUUCAACAUCAAUUUGUACAAUGUGUAUCUGACCGCUUCAACAUCAAUUUGUAUAAUGUGUAUCUCACCACUUUGACAUCAAUCUGUACAAUGUGUAUCUGACCGCUUCAACAUCAAUCUGUAUAAUGUGUAUCUGACCGCUUCAACAUCAAUCUGUAUAAUGUGUAUCUCACCACUUUGACAUCAAUCUGUACAAUGUGUAUCUCACCACUUCAACAUCAAUUUGUAUAAUGUGUAUCUCACCACUUUGACAUCAAUCUGUACAAUGUGUAUCUCACCACUUCAACAUCAAUUUGUACAAUGUGUAUCUCACCACUUUGACAUCAAUUUGUACAAUGUAUAUCUCACCACUUUGACAUCAAUUUGUACAAUGUAUUUCUCACCACUUCAACAUCAAUUUGUACAAUGUGUAUCUCACCACUUCAACAUCAAUUUGUACAAUGUGUAUCUCACCACUUCAACAUCAAUUUGUACAAUGUGUAUCUCACCACUUCAACAUCAAUUUUUAUAAUGUGUAUCUCACCACUUCAACAUCAAUUUGUACAAUGUGUAUCUCACCACUUCAACAUCAAUUUGUACAAUGUGUAUCUCACCACUUUGACAUCAAUUUGUACAAUGUGUAUCUCACCACUUCAACAUCAAUUUGUACAAUGUGUAUCUCACCACUUCAACAUCAAUCUGUACAAUGUGUAUCUCACCACUUCAACAUCAAUUUGUAUAAUGUGUAUCUCACCACUUCAACAUCAAUUUGUACAAUGUGUAUCUCACCACUUCAACAUCAAUUUGUAUAAUGUGUAUCUCACCACUUCAACAUCAAUUUGUUUAAUGUGUAUCUCACCACUUCAACAUCAAUUUGUAUAAUGUGUAUCUCACCACUUCAACAUCAAUUUGUAUAAUGUGUAUCUCACCACUUCAACAUCAAUUUGUACAAUGUGUAUCUCACCACUUCAACAUCAAUUUGUAUAAUGUGUAUCUCACCACUUCAACAUCAAUUUGUACAAUGUGUAUCUCACCACUUCAACAUCAAUUUGUACAAUGUGUAUCUCACCACUUCAACAUCAAUUUGUACAAUGUGUAUCUCACCACUUCAACAUCAAUUUGUACAAUGUGUAUCUCACCACUUUGACAUCAAUUUGUACAAUGUGUAUCUCACCACUUCGACAUCAAUUUGUACAAUGUGUAUCUCACCACUUCAACAUCAAUUUGUACAAUGUGUAUCUCACCACUUCAACAUCAAUUUGUACAAUGUGUACAGCAUACAGCAUUCCUGUUUGAAGUAAAAAGAUUUUAUUUUCGUUGCCAUAUGACACUUUCAUUUAUUGUCAUCAAGAGUAUAUACAUUUUAGUCUGUAUAUCAAACUUAGGAGAAAGAUUUUAUACUCUGCGAGCUUUUCUUCAAAUUGUUUGAAAUGUAUAAAUAUUUCAGAUUUAUUUUAUUUUUCAUAAUUUAUUUUACUAUUUUAUUUCAUAUUCUGAAUAGCACAAAUGAUGUAGGGAUUUUAUUAAUCAUACAGUAUAUAGUUCAGUAAAAUAAGGAUAUCAAGAAUGACACUGGUACUAUCAAGGCCUUAAAUUAAAAACGAUAAUCAUCGGUGGGCCGUCUUAUUUGUUUAAGUCAAUUUAUAAAAUAUGUAAGCUUCUCUCUUUAGUACAUAGUAAAGUGAAUAUCUCCAUUCAAUUUACACUAGAACUUGAUGUUACAACUGCAGCAGCAUUUAUUUUAAAUACAUUGAUUUGUAUUUUUUAUCUGUAAGAAUUUUCAUGUUGUUAAAUGUGUUCAUAAUUUCCAAUGAAGGCAGCAAGCCAAUAUGGAGUUGUUAUAUUUUUUGUUUAUAUGAUAAUAAAAAAAAUUAUACUUUA